UCAGAGUUAAAUUGUGUGUCGUCGGCUCUCUAGUUUUUGCAGUAAUUUUGCACAAUUAUCGGUGUUUUUUUAAGCAGAAUUAAGCACCAAACGGUAAGAAAAAAAGAAACGAACUUUCUCUACCAUUAUGGCGUCAAGGAAAGUUCAUGUACUGCAAACCGAAGACGUUCCCUCCGCAGUGUGCGAUUUCGUUGCCGAGCAGAGCAAGUCAGCCGUGAGGGAGAGGGGGGCAUUUUAUCUGGGUGUUUCCGGUGGUAGCGUGGCCAAGUUUAUGAUCGAAGGCCUGCCGAAGAUACAAAACGUGGAGUGGGGUAAAUGGCAUGUGUUCUUCUGCGAUGAGAGACUUGUGUCGUUUGAUGACGGUGACAGCACGUACAGGAUUUACAAGGAACUAAUUGGGAAAGUCAAACUACCGGAGAGUCAACUCUAUGCGAUUAACCCUUCCCUCUCAGUGAAUGACGCAGCCAAGGACUAUGCUACCAAACUUAACGCCGUUCCAAAGGGUCCAGAUGGCAUGCCAGUAUUUGAUCUCCUCGUACUUGGUAUGGGACCAGAUGGCCACACAUGUUCGCUCUUCCCUGGACAUAAAUUAUUAGAGGAAGAGUCCUUAGUAAUAGCUCCGAUUGAUGAUUCACCGAAGCCCCCUCCAUGCAGAGUGACCAUCACGUAUCCUGUGAUCAAAGCUGCACGCUGUGCGAUGUUCGCUUCCACUGGGGCUGGCAAAGCUGAAGUUGUUCAGCGUGUUCUUGAAGGGAACGAGCUCCCACUUCUACCAGCAGCGAGAGUGCAGUUAACUAAAGGUACAGUCCACUGGUUCCUGGAUAAAGCAGCUGCUGGGAACCUCCAAGCAAAGUACUGAGGAAGCUCCACGUGAGUGAGAAUUUCUAGUAACCCUGAAUAGUAGUGGCUUCUUACAUGUAUAUGUAGAGUGCAUAUCCAUCACACAGUGUCGCUCUUGGCACCUUAGUGUUUUCCUGCCAGGGAGUGUCUACGCUUUGAAUUAUGAGACCUACAGCUUUUAUCAUAGCUCCAUGUAAUGGUUUACAAGGUUCUGUGGACGAAGCAUCAUAGUAAAGUGUCUUGCUUAAGGACGCAAGUGUCGUGACUGUGACUCGCGCCCACACUCUGCUGAUCAGAAAUACAAGUGAGAAUCUGUAAACCGUGUCACAUUGUUAACAGAGUGACCUUGUGCAUUCCAGUGUCUUAAGCCCGGUUCAUACAUGUAGUGCCUGCGAAUGUUGAUGUCACAAAUUCGCAACGAAUAAUUCGC